AAUCAGUGGCAGCCGAAGAUGAGUUGUGAGGCGCACUUAGCUAAAAAUAACACGCAUAGGCUCCGGUCCAAGACAGGAUCGACCGGUCGGCCUGUACUCAACGAACCACAUUGGUCGCCAGAUGUUAGCCAGCGGCAAGGUAGACAAGCGACGGUGCGCCUGCGCAGUACAGCGCAUGGUGCCCGCAGGCUGCACGGGAGUGCCGCGGGAGGGGGUCCGCGGGGCGGAGCGCGCUCCAGCCGCAGUGCCUCUCUGGGCCCCGUCGCGAGUGCUCGUCUCAUUGUUACCGCCAGGUGCUUAAUCGUUACUGAGUGGCUAGUGAACUGCUCGCUGGAGUUGACGGUAGUGGGUUGUGAUCCGAACAGUGCAGUGUUGCAGUGGUCCGGAGCAUGCGGGCGCGCUGGCGGCGGCGCUGCGCGGCCGCGGCGCUUCGCUGACCCGAUGCGCGCGCGCACCCGGCGCAACGCGCCGCUGCUGCUCGCGCUGGCCCUCGCCGCUGCACUCGCCGCAGCUCUGCCAUGCGCGGCGGGGGCGGGUGUGUUCGAGCUGCAAAUCCUCGAGUUCUCCAACUACAGGCUUCAGCUCGCGUCAGGGCGCUGCUGCGGGGGUGCUGAAUCCCCUCCCCCACCAUCUGCCUGCUCGAGACCCUGCCGGACGCGCUUUGCUCUCUGCCUUAAGGAGUACCAGUCGGCAGCGGCACCGGGUGCAUGUUCCUUCGGCCGUGCCUCCUCACCCGUGCUUGGCACAGACUCCUUCACGCUCGCCGAUCCGCUCUAUACACUUGCGCUGCCUUUCUCUUUCCGUUGGACGCGCUCAUUCACGUUAAUUCUGCAAGCCUAUGACGAUUACGAGUACGGGACGGGAGUAGAGGGCAGUGAGACUGAAGAAGGAGGGGAGAGUGGACUGAUAGAGGAAGCGUGGUGGUCUGGCAUCGUGGAGCCUGGUGCUGAGUGGCACGCGCUGCGGCAUGCAGGCCGCGGCGCUGCUGUAGCUUACAGGGUACGAGUGCUUUGCAAAGCGAACUACUAUAAUACAACAUGUACCACCUUCUGCCGGCCACGAGACGACAAGUUUGGGCACUACUCUUGUUCCGCACAAGGAGACAAGCGAUGUCUUCCUGGAUGGCAGGGUGAUAACUGCGAGAAACCUGUGUGUAAAGAGGGGUGCCACCCUGCCCAUGGCCGCUGCGAUCAGCCCGGUGAAUGUUUAUGUAGGCCAGGAUGGCGCGGAGAUUUAUGUGCGCAAUGCCAGCCUUACCCGGGCUGUAAACAUGGCUAUUGCAACGGCUCAUCCUGGGAUUGCACUUGUGAUACAAAUUGGGGUGGAAUUUUAUGCGACCAAGAUCUAAACUACUGCGGCACACACGAGCCCUGCCAGCACGGCGGCACAUGCGAGAACACAGCACCAGACCAGUAUCUUUGCACGUGCGCUGAAGGUUUCUCCGGAGUGGAUUGCGAACGUGUGGACAACCCAUGCGCACCGCAGCCGUGUGCGCAUGGUGUCUGUGAACUGAGUGGCGCACCAUCUGGAUUCACUUGCGCCUGCGAACGUGGAUGGACAGGAACGCGCUGCGAUCUAGACGCGGAUGACUGUGCCUCGGCCCCAUGUUUACACGGUGGGGUUUGCCGAGAUCGUCUGGACGCAUUUCAAUGUGAUUGCACGUCGGGCUGGCGUGGCCCCACUUGUGCCGAGGAUGUAGACGAAUGCGCUGAAGUGACAGCUGGUCCUGAAGGCGCAGUGGGUCCCUGCGUUAACGCAGCCGCUUGCAAUAACACGGCGGGCGGUUACUCCUGCACUUGUCUAGCCGGCUGGACGGGACGCGAUUGUGAGCAGAAUGUGGACGAUUGCACUGGCCAAUGUCUCAAUGGUGCAACCUGUAUAGAUCUGGUGGACGACUUUCACUGCGCAUGCGCAGCGGGAUGGGCUGGGCGCACUUGUGCUCGGGAUGUCGACGAUUGUGCAUCGCGACCCUGUCGCAAUGGCGGCGAGUGUGUUGAUCUGCUGGAUGCGUACCGUUGCAUUUGCCCCGUUGGGUUCUCCGGCCUAGACUGCGAGCUUGCCUCCUGCUUGGGACGCUACUGUGCGGACGAUCGCGAUCAUUGCGCUGGCUCACCUUGCGGUAACGGUGCACCGUGCUACACAGCGCAGAGUGACUACUACUGCCACUGCUCUCCUGGUUGGACCGGGAAGAACUGUACCCAGCGCGCAGCACGGGAUCCUGCCUUAAGUAUAAUUAAUGAGUGUGUGCCGAAUCCUUGCCAAAAUAAUGGGACGUGUACAAGCGGACCUACUGGUUUCUCGUGCGCCUGUCGCGAUGGCUGGACUGGUGAGACCUGUUCGGUGCUUGAGCCUCCCCGGUGUGAGACACAUUGCGCCAACGGCGGUACUUGUGCCCGUCUUCCUGCGCAGGCGUCGUCUGCGCCACUGUCUCGUUGCGUUUGCGCUCCGGGAUGGGCAGGCGCAUCUUGUGACCAGUCCAUUACUCCACCGCCACAGUUACCACCAGCGCCAGCGGUCUCCGCAGUAGCUGCAGUAAGCGAGGCUGGCUGCUCAUGUCAACAUGGUGGCACAUGCGUCUCCGUCGAGGGGGUAUGGGCUUGUGCAUGUCGUGGUGGAUGGGGUGGACCGCGAUGUGAACGUGCAGCGGACGGUUGCGCAUCGAAUCCCUGCCGACGCGGUGCUCGCUGCGUGGGUGGCGCGGGUUGGUGGGCUUGCGAGUGUGCACCAGGCUGGGCCGGACCAGAUUGUUCUACGCCGCUCUGCGACCCGCCCUGUCCGACACCUGCAAUUUGCGCACCAGCCGCUUCAGCUGCUCGUUGCGUGUGUCCAUCACCUCCAGCGCGCCUCGCCAGACGCUGCUUGGAACUAAUAGCUGGUCUUGGCGAAGAGAGCGGUGAAGUAACAGAAGUAGUUGAAGGGGGCUUGGAAACGUUAGGAGCUGGAGUAGGCGGCACAGCAGGUUCAGUCGGAGAGUGCGGUGCGGAUAACGGCACUUGGUGGUGGGGCUGCAACGCAUGCCGAUGCGUCUCGGGAGCACCCGCUUGUACACGACUAUGGUGCGGAUUGCCUGAUUGUCUCGCUUCACCGGGUCAAACUGCCCCGCCCUGUCGCGCAGAUGAAGUCUGUGUGCCAGCUGCACCAGCACUUUGCUUGAGGCCACCUUGCGCGCCUUUAGGCGAGUGUCGGCGUGUGGCAGGGCGGCGCGUGGAACCUCCUGCAUUACCAGCGCCAUCUUCCUGCUGGCCUGGUGCUCGCGGCCCCCCACCGCCGGGUUGCGCUCGAGCUGAACUACGCCUAGCACGUGAAAGACUAGCGCGUGGCGCUCAUGUGGAACGUGCGUGUUCAGCAUUGCGGCGUGCCCUGGCAGCUGCACUUGCGGACCGCAUGCCACCCGCUCCACCGCUCACUUUACUCUGUGAUCUCGCACCUGAUGAUGACGACGCCCUUGACUUGGCAAUUUGGGCUGGCGAGGAGGAAAGCAGAGAGGCCCCGAGUGACGAAGAGAAUAGCGCUGUGUCAAGUGCUAUACGCGCUCUAAGCGAACUGGUGUCGCGGCGUCGACUAGCGCAUCAUGCAUUGCUGGGAGCAGCACUGCGAUUGCGUCUCCACCCGCAUGCACAACCCGCUACGCCACCCGCCGCUCAACCUGCUGCUGCACCACCAGCCUCAUCCUCAACUGCCAACUCCGGCGCUCUGCUAGCCCUAGCAGCCACUGCACCGCUGUUACUUUUAGGUGCCGCCGUGGCCGCGUUCCUGUUGAUACGACGCCGACGAACAGCUGCAGCUGCCGCGGAAGAACGCUCUCGACGCCACGACGAGGAGAAAUCGAACAACCUGCAGAACGAAGAAAACUUGCGACGCUACGCAAACCCGUUGGGCGGGACUACUGGUACUGUUGCUGGGCGCGAGACAGAUUCUUUGCCGCGAGCGCACUCUCUCUACAAGGCUCAAAAUGCAGAUGCGAGGAAUAACACACCACCACGGGACAAGGAGCUGACGAAACGUGCACUACCACCUCAUCCGCAUCCGCACCCACCUCCCGAACGACUCACCUCGUGCAUUUUAUCGGGCUGGUUUUCUUUUAGACGUAAGGGUCUACUUCCUGGCUUCACAGCUAGUCCUGCGCCACACAAAAAUGGUGGACUUGUGCAUGUGAGCGUGUGCUGUCGCGCCAUGUCCGGCGGCGCGUGCGUGUCGGUGCGGCGCGCGCACGCGGCGGCGCUUUUCGCUUGUGGCGUGCUGCUGCUGCUGCUGCUCGCCGCGCGCGCGCCCCCACCACCCGUUCCCCGACCGGCACCCGCUUCCGCACCUAUAACGCAGAGUGACGUCAACACGACGAGCACUCGCCCCCGCGUUCGCCCGCCGGACAACAUUACGCGCACGACACCCCCGCCCCCGCCGCACUCCUCCCAGCGCACUGCCACCGGACCGCAUAUUCAGCUCGUCAGCGACUUGUACGAGGCAGGACACGAACGCCCGCACCCUGAAUUAUGUCCCGCACUCGGCGCGCACAUCAAGGUACUCAUCAUGGUCACGUCUGCUCCGAACCACACGCGAGCCAGAGAUGCCGUCCGUCUCACUUGGGGCCAUUACGCGGCGCGACGCGACAUAGCCUUCGCCUUCGUUCUGGGAAGAGCGCCUGAAUCUCUGCGUGCCGCUUUAGACGCUGAAGACGCGCUCUACGGAGACCUCGUGGUGGGCCGCUCGUUAGACUCCUAUUCUAACUUAACGUUGAAGACCGUGUCGUUACUGGAAUGGGCAGACACGUACUGUCCACGCGUGCCGCACUUACUCAAGACAGACGAUGAUAUGUUCAUCAAUGUGCCGCGGCUGCUACGGUUCGCAGCAGCCCGCGCGAACGCGACGAACACAAUCUGGGGCAAGGUUAUCAAGAAAUCUCUACCGAAGCGCACAACGAAGUCGAAGUAUUACGUGUCGCCCGCACAGUUUCCGGGUAAAGUGUUUCCAGAAUUCGCCACGGGCCCCGCGUACUUAGUGACUCGCGAUACAGCGCGAAAAUUGUUGGCGGCAGCACCGAAAGCUCCAUACUUACGUUUGGAAGAUGUCUUCCUAACUGGCGUGCUGUCAGCAAAGCUGGGUGUGCGCCGCGUACAUGCCCCCGAAUUCUACAACAAAAAAGUAGCAGCACAUCCGUGCGCCGUCCAGCGUGCUAUCUCGAUACACAUGGUGCAGUUCCACGAACAAUUCGACCUUUGGCGGAAGCUACUCGACGGCAAAACGAAGUGCGCCGGUUAA